AUGGGCCCACAAAGAAGGUUGGGAAUCUAUGUUGGAUUUGAAUCACCGUCCAUCAUAAGAUAUCUAGAACCGUUAACUGGUGAUCUUUUCACCGCUCGGUUCGCGGAUUGUCACUUUGAUGAGACAAUUUUCCCAACCUUAGGGGGAGAUAAAGCAGGCCCAUGUUGGAAUGAAAUAUCAUGGAAUGCCAAAAAUUUAUCAUAUAUUGAUCAAAGAUCAAAUAUGUGUGAGCAGGAAGUUCAGAAAAUUAUACACUUGCAAAACAUUGCCAAUCAAUUGCCAGAUGCAUUCACUGAUUCAAAAGGAGUGAUAAAAUCACAUAUACCUGCUGUAAAUGCUCCUGCACGGGUUGAAAUUCCAAGAGAAAAAGCGGAAAAUCAACUUGCAAAUGAAUCUAUAACACGCAAAAGGCGCGGAAGACCACUCGGAGCCAAAGACUUGAAACCGAGGAAGUCUAGAAGAAUAGACACCAAUAAUGAGAAAACUGAUGAUUCUUCUAAAGUGGAACAAUUUUCAAACGAUAAAAACGCCAUGAAUCCCGAAAAUGAACUCAAAGAAUCAGAUGCUGCAUCUGAGGGGGAGCAUGAAAAUGCUAGCAUCGACAAUCACGAAAUUUCAAUAAAUUUUGUCCAUUCUAAAAGCAAUGGAAUAGGGUAA